AUGGAUCGACAAGACUCAAAAGAUUACUGGCACCAGUUGAGUUGGCUUGGGAUGCAGUGGUACCAGCUGUCUGGGGAGCAUGAGUGUCACCAGGUGCAGUCCCAUAGGCUGGCACGUAAGGGGCCCAUGCAUCCACCAGAGCCUUCCGCCCACGUGGACCAAGUCUACCUAACUCUGCUAGCAAAAGAGCUUGAGCUGCUUCACGGACUUCCAAACAAUGAUGUUGCCAACGUCGUGCCAGCAUUUCCACCUAAAAUGAGAUGUCAGGAUAUUAAAAAAGCAAAUCAUGGAUUGGAUGCUUUUUUGAUAUUUACAUAUACUUCACUAGAAGAUAAACAUAGUGCCAUGAAGAAUGGCUUUGUUAGCAACUUUAAAAAAUUUAAGCAGGUUUUCAAGAUUCUGUAG